AUGCCGUUUCAAGGAAAACCCAUUGGUGAAAAGGCUGUUAUUCAUCCUGACCUCCUACAACCACUUCCUUCCAUCAGUAAUCAUCAUCAAACAAAACCUCCUCUUCACCUGCAAAAGGGCAUUUGCGUAGACUUGAUUUGCGGUCUGAUUUUGGUUUUCUUGAGCGGCUGUUGUCUGGUAAAAGCAGAGGACCCUUACAAAUACUUCACAUGGGUGGUUACUUAUGGAACUGCUGCUCCUCUAAAUGUCUCCCAACAGGUCAUUCUUAUCAAUGGUCAAUUCCCUGGACCUCAAAUUGAUACUGUUACAAAUGAUAAUAUAGUCAUCAAUGUCAUUAACAAUCUGGAUCAACCUUUUCUCUUGACAUGGAAUGGAAUUAAGCAGAGAAAGAAUUCAUGGCAAGAUGGGGUUUUGGGUACUAAUUGCCCUAUACCUCCAAAUUCAAACUACACUUACAAAUUGCAAACAAAUGAUCAGAUUGGAACCUACACUCUCCAUGACUUUAUUGAAAUCGUUCGGAACGAUGAAGAUAACUUGCAAUCUUGGCAUCUGAAUGGUCAUGAUUUCUGGGUUGUUGGCUAUGGUUCUGGGCAAUGGAGUAAUGACAGUAGAUAAGCAUAUAAUCUGGUGGAUGCUACAACCCGACACACUGUACAGGUGUUUCAGAAAUCUUGGACAGCGAUGAUGGUAUCCUUGGAUAAUCAAGGAAUGUGGAAUUUGAGAUCGUCGAAAUGGGAAAGACAGUAUUUGGGACAUCAGCUAUAUCUUAGGGUUUCUAGCAACGAGAGAAUCUGUUUAAAGCCGUUGGAAGCCAUAUUUAAGACUAUAAUUCAUAUUUUCCAACCAUAUUUAAGACUAUCAUUCAUAUUUUUAUUAUUAUCUCGUUUGUUGAUACAUGAGGAACAAGAAUAUGGUGGAACUUGUUGUUUGGUUGAUCAUAAAUUAUUGAUUUCAUCUUAA